UUGACGUGGGUGUGUGGAUGAGGAGCGGCUGCGAUCCCGCCAGUGUGCUGUGAUCCUACUCUGGAUAUUACUUAUCAUUCAGGAUUACAAGGAUGUCACAUUUACAAUUGAUCAUAUGGAUUUGUCUGUUUCCUUCAUCAGUGGAGUAUUUUGAAACCCGCUCUUCUCAGGAGUCGCGCAGAGAGAGGAUUCAUUACACGUGAAGGAAUUAUUGUUAUUUUGAAAACUGGAAUUUAUAAGGAUACAUUUUUCUGGAUUCAAUACAACCUUCAUUAAUUGUUCUACUGGAUAACUGUGUCUUGACGUCUUUUACGCGGUACGUGUGUCAAGCCACAGCGUUCUCAUUGACACCCAACUACAGGACCAGAGAGGUCCGGUGCAGGGAGUCCUAUGGUCGGGCACAGACACACCGGUCAAUGGUGUCUCUUGAGGAUAUUCUAUUCGCAGUGACCGAUGGCUAAAGUUCAGCGGUUACCGAUGGAAAUAACACGCACAAUGCUGGAACACUACGAUGUUGGAUGAUUUGCAGGAUGGUUUGAACAGUGCAAUGGGAUUGGAUAGUAUGUUUUUGUGGUACAUAUUGGGGGAAUUGGUACCCGUGUUUUGGACAUCUACACGGAAUGGAUUAUCCCAUUACGCACUCCUAAAUGGAUUAUUACCUGACAGAUCUUCCUCUGCUGCUGCUACACACAAACCCCUUUAACUAAAUCCACAUAUGGAUUCACUCUUCAAUCCAGAGGGUUUCAGUAUUUCAAACCUGCCAUGAAAACAGGAAAGUCCACAUGAAAAAACGAAGUGAAUAUUUGACAUUUGUAAAAUCUGUUUUUACUGUAUGAAUUGUGCUUUACUACCCCGGCUGGGCAGUUAAACACAGGGUGCUAUUACAGUGUGGUAGUCCAGGCUAGGUGGAGGGUCCUACAGGCUGGGUGGAGGGUCCUACAGGCUGGGUGGAGGGUCCUACAGGUCCUAUGGCUGGGUGGAGGGUCCUACAGGCUGGGUGGAGGGUCCUACAGGCUGGGUGGAGGGUCCUACAGGCUGGGUGGAGGGUCCUACAGGCUGGGUGGAGGGUCCUACAGGCCGGGUGGAGGGUCCUACAGGCCGGGUGGAGGGUCCUACAGGCCGGGUGGAGGGUCCUACAGGCCGGGUGGAGGGUCCUACAGGCCGGGUGGAGGGUCCUACAGGCUGGGUGGAGGGUCCUACAGGCUGGGUGGAGGGUCCUACAGGAUGGGUGGAGGGUCCUACAGGCUGGGUGGAGGGUCCUACAUGCCGAGUGGAGGGUCCUACAUGCCGAGUGGAGGGUCCUACAGGCCGGGUGGAGGGUCCUACAGGCCGGGUGGAGGGUCCUACAGGUCCUAUGGCUGGGUGGAGGGUCCUACAGGCUGAGGGAGGGUCCUACAGGCUGGAUGGAGGGUCCUACAGGAUGGGUGGAGGGUCCUGGAGGGUCCUACAGGCUGGGCUGUUAAACACAGGGUGCUAUUACAGUGUGGUAGUCCAGGCUGGGUGGAGGGUCCUACAGGCUGGGUGGAGGGUCCUACAGGUCCUAUGGCUGGGUGGAGGGUCCUACAGGUCCUAUGGCUGGGUGGAGGGUUCUACAGGCUGGGUGGAGGGUCCUACAGGUCCUAUGGCUGGGUGGAGGGUCCUACAGGCUGGGUGGAGGGUCCUACAGGCUGGGUCAGGGUCCUACAGGUCCUAUGGCUGGGUGGAGGGUCCUACAGGCUGGGUGCAGGGUCCUACAGGCUGGGUGGAGGGUCCUACAGGCUGGGUGGAGGGUCCUACAGGCUGGGUGGAGGGUCUUACAGGUCCUAUGGCUGGGUGGAGGGUCUUACAGGUCCUAUGGCUGGGUGGAGGGUCCUACAGGCCCCAUGGCUGGGCGGAGGGUCUUACAGGUCCUAUGGCUGGGUGGAGGGUCCUACAUGCUGGGUGGAGGGUCCUACAGGCUGGGUGGAGGGUCCUACAGGCUGGUUGGAGGGUCUUACAGGUCCUAUGGCUGGGUGGAGGGUCCUACAGGCCCUAUGGCUGGGUGGAGGGUCCUACAGGCCCCAUGGCUGGGUGGAGGGUCCUACAGGCUGGGUGGAGGGUCCUACAGGCUGGGUGGAGGGUCCUACAGGCUGGUUGGAGGGUCUUACAGGUCCUAUGGCUGGGUGGAGGGUCCUACAGGCCCUAUGGCUGGGUGGAGGGUCCUACAGGCCCCAUGGCUGGGUGGAAGGUCCUACAGGCCCCAUGUGAGGGCCAUGCUUUUCCAUUCCUCUUCAAAACUCUGGCACCACAAAUUGGACAUUGGACUGGUAGUGUUCUGGAACAGAGCUGGGA